GGUUUGUCAACAGCUAGAAUUUACGAAUUUCAGGACUAAUAUCGUACUGUUAGAGGAAAACCCAGCGUCUGGAAAAAAAGAGGCUAUUUUUGUUUGCAUGUUUUACUUGGAAAAGAUACAAUUUGUUACUGAAGAGGGAUGCUUAGUUGAAGUCAGACUCCUGUAAAGUGAUCCUUAUAGUUUUGUCCGUGGCGUGUUUCCGUGGCGAUGGGAGACAGCAUGUCGAAGCGGAUGAAGUUGGUGACAGGUCCUGAAUCGGAGAUGGAGGAACGGUCUUUUUUGAAUCCCCAUCCAGAUUGGGACCAGGGCACUUUCACACCCGGUACUGCUGGUUCCGAAAGCGACAGUGAGCACUUUGAUUCCAACGGAAAGAUCAGUGAUGGCUUCAGGAAUAAGGUUAACAAGAAGAUCGAUGACCUGCUACAGCAAAUGGAGGAGGGCCUGAAGAUGGCCGACCCACACGACUUCUCUGCUUACACAGGAUGGACAGGCAUAGCCCUGCUCUACCUGCAGCUUUACCAGGUGAACAAGGAGCCAACUCAUUUGCAGAGAGCCCUUGACUACGUCAAGAGGACCAUGCGCAACCUGAACGGCAGGAGAGUCACCUUCCUGUGUGGCGAUGCGGGUCCGCUGGCUGUGGGGGCUGUGGUCCACCAUAAACUGAAGAAUGAUACUGAGGAAAAAGAAUGCAUUACAAAGCUUCUACAACUGCACAGAGCAGUGGUGAGCUCUGACUCCGAUCUCCCCGAUGAGCUGCUUUAUGGCCGAGCUGGUUACCUUUACGCACUGCUCUAUGUGAACAAAGAGAUCGGGCCUGAAACCAUACCUGAGUCCAACAUCAAAGAGGUUGUUGAUGCUAUCCUUGAAUCGGGGAAGAAGCUGUCCAAAGAAGAACGAAAAGCAGAACGGUGUCCCCUUUUGUAUGAGUGGCAUCGGAAACAGUAUGUGGGAGCAGCCCAUGGCCUGGCAGGGAUCUACUGCAUGCUCAUGCAGCCAAGUGCAAAGGUGAAUCAAGAAGUCCUGACAGAGCUGGUUAAACCCAGUAUUGACUAUGUACGCCACAAAAAAUUCAGAUCUGGAAACUACCCAUCAUCCCUCAGCAACGAGACGGACCGAUUAGUGCACUGGUGUCACGGGGCUCCUGGAGUGAUACACAUGCUUAUACAAGCUUACAAGGUGUUUAAAGAGGAGAAGUACCUGAAGGAUGCAGUGGAAUGCAGUGAGGUGAUCUGGCAAAGGGGAUUGCUGAGAAAAGGCUAUGGAAUCUGUCACGGGACAGCAGGAAACGGCUACUCCUUCCUGUCGAUGUACAGCCUAACUCAAGAUAAGAAGUACCUGUACAGAGCCUGCAAGUUUGCGGAGUGGUGUUUAGAUUAUGGGACGCAUGGGUGCCGUAUUCCAGAUAGACCAUAUUCUCUCUUUGAAGAAGCCUAUUACUAGGGGAUCCAUUUACUAUAUUCGAAUUUGGAGAUGACGAUCUUUCAGGAUUUGUAGGAUCUACCCCUGGUUUUCAGGACCACCUGAGGGGCCAGUCUCAUUCACCUCUUCUGCCUCUGCAAGCAGUCCUGUGUUCCAGUGCCGGGCCCACGGGUCUGAAGGCUACUCGUCACAAUCCAGCCACACCUCCUCCAUUUCUAGCCAUUCCUCUUCAGCCACUUGCCCCUCUGUACCAGCAGGCCCACUGAUGAGACAGAUGCCCUGUGUGGUCACGGCAAGGUGCAUUCCUACUUGCCAGCUAGCUUCAUGGGCUUCAGAAACGGCAUGGCUAGAUGAAACUUUGCUGGAUUUGAUGAGGGCGGGUAGCUUAGGUUCCUCUGGACUCAGCCCCAUACUGUCCUCUUCCUACCGGCCUAUUCGAGGACCCCCGGAAACUAACCGAAGAUGUUGGUCUUUGGAGUACCCAUCCUGCAUAAGCACAGAGGAGAAGACCUGCGAUUCAAGCUCAGGGUCCCUCAUCAGCACUGUGGAGGUGGUGGUGGAUGAUCCUGAAUUUCAUUAUCUGGAUGCCAGAUUCAUCUGGUCCCACUCCACCAAAGAAUGGGUAGGCAAUGAGAGCCAUUAUAAGUGUGCUGGCUGUCUUCGAUACUGCUGGAGCCUGGCAUCUCUGCAAAUACACUUGGAGCAGGGCUGGAGACGGGUUCAUCUGCAGGGUUUUCUACCGGAAGUUGGAGGACCUGUAAUGAAAGUCAUGAGAAUGUCUAUGUAGAAACUCCAAAGAUACAGGUCAGCUCAGAGUCCCUCGUCAACAGUGUAGAAGUGGUGGUGGAAGAUCCUGAAUCUGAUCAUCUGGGGCCAGUUUUUCAAAACUUUGGUAAUCGGAUUUCCACAUUUUGAUCUGGAUUAUAUUGUGAAAUUGGGUGAUUACUGUGAUCCGGAUUUCAUUUUGUUAAUCCAGUCGCACUUUUAAUCACGCUUUAAAUUUUGCAGUUGGGUUUUUCAGAAUUUAAAGAGGAGGUCAGGAUUACUUUGAUCCAAAAUACCACGAUUGUUGUGUUCAGAAAGGAGACAUCCACUUAAUAGUAAGAAAAUGAAUUUAUUGAUUGCAAAAGAUAUGCCUGACGGGUACAUGAACAAUUGGCAAACAGUUAUGCCCGACAUGAACAUGAUAGCUGACAGAUACAUAAAUGCAAUCGCAUUUAAACUUUGGCCUAUGGCUUUAUCCAUUGGAGCUCGAUAGCCGCCCUUAUGCUGGCCGAGCUAAGUUGAAUGCAAUACAGUGAUUAAGAAUGGCUUGGCCAGUGAGCAGGACAAGUGGUACUUGGGCCACCUUCCCUCUAGACAAGGCAUGCUGUAGGGUGGAGGUAUGGGAGGAGGAGGACCAAACAAAGAAACAACAUGGGUUUGUGGGCUGAGAGACCUAUUUAACUGGUAACGUAUAUGAUUGAUGGUGGAGUCUCCUUUCAGAAAGACAACAAGUUUCCAAAUCCUGGAUUUAGCUUUUAAAUGAUCAUAGAACAUUGAUAUUUUGUUUGAAUUGUCAUAGCAAACACACACUAUAUAGUGUGUUAUAAUAUUUACAUAUUUAUUUAAGUUUUGUAUCCAUGCAAGCAAAAAGUAAAACACGUAUUUAGUGGUAUAGCUUUAAUAAAAAAGCGUUUUAUUUUUUUAUACAGAUGAUGUUCAACAAUUUGUUUAUUUUUAACCCUUUGCGGUCCUAUGUCGGAUCUGGUCUGACAUUGCAAUUUUCCCUUCCCGGUCCAAGGUCCGACAUCAUCAAAAAGACGUAAAAACAGGUCUCUAGUCGUUUUUUCUCUGGAAAAAGCCGAGAAAACCAUUCAAUGGCCGAGUGAGACCGAUAGGAGCCGAGAGAAGCUGAAAAAAACAAAAAAUAAAAAAAUGAUGGGUGUAUCUCAUGAAUACAGAUAGCCCCGACACCACAUAGAUAACACAGGCAUAAACAGACAAGAUAGCUGCUUCAGCAUCCAGCGCUCAAAGAAUAUCACAGACAUUUGCAGAGCUUUUUUUAGAUGUUAUAGUAAUAAAAUAAUGAGGUGUUUGGUGAUAAAACGAGUGAUCAGGAGAUGAUUUAUUGGUAUGUACUAUUAUUAAGACGUAUGUGAAAAAUACAGCGAACAAGGGGUGGGGCGGGGCUGGAGAUGCAGUACUGAGUGUCCUGUUGAUAUUCAGUGCCUUUUAAACCAGUUUUUCUGUGAAAAAAAAUACUUUUAAACAGAACGUCUAAAAUAAACUGCGCGUGUGAAAAUAAAUUGAACCUGACGCACCUGAGACGUGCUGAAUAAAUGGAGUGCAAAGGGUUAAAUGCGUGUUUGUGUGCUAUGUAGAAAUAAAGAUGGGGGGGGGAAAUUACAUAUUUAUUUCAUAUCACAUAUAUUAAUGUGUACGUCAAAAUAAAUGGUCAAAUAUUUAAUGGAGGAUCCUUCUAGAAGUUGUUCUUUACAAUGGCAUCCCUCACUGCCAAUCCACCAAGAUGGUCCUCCACCCCCCAUAGUUGAAGAUUCAUUAGCCUUUCCCUCUAGAUCUGGUACCCAUGACAGUUCACAGGAAAAUGUACAUUCAGAUGUAAGAAAGAGGCGCCUGUAUCGCACUACACCAUCAGGAGAAGGUGACAGUCAAUAUAAGAUUUUAGUUCAAAAAGAGACUGAAAGAUCACAAGUUGAAAUACGUCUGGCAGAGGAGAACAGUCAACUGACAAAACUGAGACAAGUUGAGUCAAAACUUCACAUGCGCCUCCUUAAAGCUCGUCUGAGAGAUGCUGGACUCCUGACCGAUGAGGAAGAAGAUGACAAAGGCUGAGUAGGCAAAGAAUGGGUAGGCAAUGAGAGCAAAGUGUGCUGGCUGUCUUCGGCCCUGUCCACACUACAUAACCGAUCUCGAGAACCGUACUCAAAAACGUUUUCAUUAAUCCAGCUCAAAGCGUCCACACUAAAGUACCGUUUCAUGUUUAGUCAGGCUUAAUGCGUGCAAACAAUAUUAAAAUAGUUGGGUUACAGUUCCUAGGAGCGCAAUGGACUGUGGGACUGUCUGUUUACAAUCUUCCCAAUAGGGAGCCUGUGCCCACAGAAGGCAUAGCGCUUCUUAGCAUGAACAUUAUGGCUUUGUUUCUUAAAAACACAUGGUACAUUUUAUCAUAAUGUGUGUGUUUCAUUUUGAACAUAGUUCUUCUUGACUGAUUUCAUCGCUCUAGAUAUCAAAGUGCUUUGAUUUCGGCAUCUGAUCACGUUGCUCCAUGAUUCAUCAUUUUACAGCAAGCCUCAGAAAUUGUAUAAGGUACAGCAGUAUUGAUAGUUAUUCUCAACUCCUUCAGGCGCCUGUUCUGAGUACUGUUUGUAAUGUCUACACGCCAAAACAUACCAGAAAGCAUUUUGGGAUACACAAAAUGUAGUUAGGUAUUACAGCAUCCACACUUCUGACAAACCGCACUACCUGAUGUGAUCUAUUUAGAACCGGACUCGAGACUACCCCUGAGGUGGUCUCGAGUCCGGUUCUCGAGUACGGUAUUAAACUCUGCGUAGUGUAGACUUUUAAGACGGUUUAAGGCAACUUAUUCGGUUUAAAGGCAUAGUGUGGACCGGGCCAUUGACACUACAGGAGCCUGGCGUCUCUGCAAGUACACUUAGAGCAGGACUGGAGACAGGUUUUCUACCAGACAUUGAAGGACAUGUGGGAAAAGAAUAUCUGUAAUGAAAGCCAGGAGAGUGUCCGUGUAGAAACUCCAAAGAUACGGGUCAGCUGCCAGACAAAGGAAACUUACUCCUUAAACAAGAGGGCUGCUGGGAAACACAAAGCCGUGGAGGAGGAGCAAGCAAAACCAAAGAGAAGAACAUAGAGGACACCUUGUAUUAUAGGAUUUUAAAUUUCAACUUUAAAAAUGGGAGUACGAAAUGUGACGACUGCCAAAAUAUGUCUUUUAAAAGUUAUUUAUUUGUUUAACUUAUAAUAAAAAAUAAACUUAACAUCUAAGUUAAUCAGUGUCUCAUCAUUCUUUAUGUAACCCCACCAUGGUCGCUCUGCCAGCAGAGCACAGAUAAACAAGGCCUAAAAUUAAUUUGUUUGCUGCAGUCCAGAUGUAAUUGAAUGGGAUUUAACACUGAAUUUUAAAUAGGUUGAUAAAGUUAAACAAGAUGAUCCUGGUUCUCAGCCGUAGAAUGUUGAACUGGCUGAAAGCUCACUUACGUAACCUAUUGAUGUCGUUUUCAAUUAAAUGAAUUGGUUCUUUUGAUGUGGUGCCUCCACCUGGAUGAUGCCAACACACUUAAACAAAAGUGCCCUAUAGCAAUUACCCAGGACAAAUAAAUUUAAGCCCCAAAUUCAGUAAUAAUCCAUAUAUAAUGCAAUGUAAUUCAAUUAAAACACUGUAUGGUAACCAGAAUUUGCAGUAUACUAUAAGCGCAGAUGAAAAUAAUGGUAGUAUAGUGAUACACAUUCGAUAAUACUACUAGGGUAUUUAAACUAAAUAUUAAUAAUGCCAGUGUUACGGUACACCUAAUAGUAAUAUAAAAAAUUACUAUACUAAUAAAACAAAUAUACAAAAGUUUUUAGUUUCCAAAAAAAAACAUUUAUUUUAUUUUCCGUGGUCGAACACACAAUAAAAACAGUUUUUGACAUUUCCGUACAAAUAAAAUAAUAAAUAAAAUUAACCCCCGUCCCAACUAUCAAUGCAGUUCCCAAAAGGCUAGAAUUUCAAACAGUAAAAUCGACAAUUAAAACACAAUCCUCAAAUAAAAUUGCCAAGGCGAUUACCAAUUAUGAAAAC